GGGAACCGACCAGCUCGACAUGGGCCUUCUUGGAGGUCUUGGGAAGCAGGCAGCCUUCUUCGGCCUCCCCGACCAAGGCUCCCGGCACCCCUCUCCUACCCGAGCCCACCCAGUCCCGCGGCUCCAGGGGGCGGGAACGGGGCGAAGGUUCCCAGCCGGCCUCCCGCCUCCUUCCGCGCGCCCCCGCCCCCGGCCCGCCCCGCGCGGGGCUCCUCCUUGAGGCCGGCGCGGGCGGGGAGCGCGCGGCUACCUGGGCUGUGCGGCCGGCGAGGGAGAAGGCCAAGCCCUAGCUGUGAGUGCCAGGCCUGCCCCCAGACACCAGAGCUGCUUCUCUCUUUCUUAGGACCGUGGGUGCUCUGGAGCCCUCAGAAUGUUUGCCAAGGCAACCAGGAAUUUUCUUAGACAAGUAGAAGCUGAUGGGAACCUGAUUGCAGUAUCAAACUUGAAUGACUCUGAUAAGUUACAACUUCUAAGUCUAGUCACCAAAAAGAAGAGAUUGUGGUGCUGGCAGACACCCAAGUACCAGUUUUUAUCCAUCACCCUUGGAGAUAUACUCACAGAAGAUCCAUUUCUGAGUCCAGUGGUCGUGGAGUCGGACUUUGUGAAGUAUGAAGGCAAGUUUGAAAAUCACGUGACUGGGACCAUCGAGACGGCCCUGGGGAAGGUCAAACUGAAAGUUGGAGGGAAAGGUCUUGUGGAGAGUCACUCUUCCUUUGGAACCCUGAGGAAGCAGGAGGUGGACUUGCAGCAGCUCAUCAGAGACUCUGUUGAGAGAAAAAUAAACCUGAAAAGUCCUGUGCUACAGCAGGUGCUGGAGAGGAGGAACGAGGUCCUGUGUGUCUUGACACAAAAGAUAGUGACGACGCAGAAAUGUGUGAUAUCCGAGCAUGUUCAGAUCGAGGAGAAGUGUGGUGGCAUGGUGGGGAUCCGGACCAAGACUGUGCAGGUGUCCGUGACGGAGGACGGGAACGUCGUCAAGGACACCAACGUGGUGCUGGAGAUCCCGGCUUCCACCACCAUUGCCUGCGGCAUUGUGGAGCUGCAUGUGAAGCUGGACAGCCAGUUUGAAUUCUGCCUCCUGCGAGGGAAGCGUGGUGGCUUUGAGCACGAGCGGCGCAGGGUCUCUGUCUACUUGGACCCCAUGGCAUUUAGGGAGUUCGCCUUUCUGGACUCGCCAGAUGCCGGGCACGGGACGUCUUCCCAGGAUGGGCGGCUAAGUGCUUUAAAACAAGAGUCUCUGCUCUUGGAGAAGAAUUUUCAACCCUUUGUGGAGCUGCUGGAGCAGCAACAGACAGCUUUGAACAAUAUUCUCCAGUCAGUCCUACUUGAUGAUGAAUUACUUGUCGUCCUGGAAAGAGUGUUUGAUGAUGUGGUCAGCGGCCUUGCAGCCCCAAUGGAGGGGCUGGCGGAGCUGGAGCCCCCACAGCAGAAGAACCUCACAACCUUCCUGCGGCUGGUGGGGUACAGUUUGCAGGGUGGGAGUCGGGGGCAGGAGGACAUAGUCAGCAAUCAGAAGCUCUUUACAGCGGCCUACGUCUUGGUCAGUGCACUAGCAGAAAUGCCAGAUAAUGUGGCAGCUCUGCUGGGCACUUGCUGUAAGCUCCAGAUUAUUCCUGCUCUCUGCCACUUGCUCUAUGAUCUGUCAGAUGAUGGAGUAUCUGAUCUUGAAGACCCAACCCUGGCUCCUCUGAAAGAUAAAGAAAUGUUUGGGAUUGUGCAGCAUUUGUUUGCCUUAGUUGACAUUAACCUGGAAAGACUGCAGUCAUCUGUGAAAGCUGUCCUCCUGAAGGACCCUAAUGUUUAUCUGCUAAUUCUUCACAUAACGCUGAAUGGACUCUGUGCUUUAGGCAGAGAACAUUAGUAUGGUCAUAUGUGAAUUAAAAAGUACACAUUAUGGGUCAAGCUUGGUAUUUUUCAGCAUAUGUGCUGAUGGUACUUUGGAGUUUAGGUCAGCCCCACCUUAAAGUUGUUCAAUGAAAUGAAAUAACAAAUGGUUUAAUAAGUGGUGACUUUUUGCACUGUGAAUAACUUCACUUUUAACCACCAGGUACAUUUUACCUGUUUCUUUCAUAAGGGACACUCUUAUGCUGAAGACCCAGUGUCCGAGUUAAACUCCGGCAUCUAAAGAGCAUACUUAAUCAGAGGGUUGAGAAUCUUAAGCUAGCAUACAUACAGACCAUUUUUUCUGAAAAGAUGGGUCCAUCUAUCACUCUUACUUCUCUCCACUUUCUGUUAUACAAAAACAGAGGAAACUGAUCCUUUGAUUUAAAAAUUCAUUUUAAAUUGUGAAUGCUGAGGGAUGACAAUUUCUCCUCAUAGAAGAGGCUAUAUUUUUGAUGUGCUGUAUGUUUUGUGUUGAGAAAUGAACUGUAAAUGCCACUAAAAUAUAUACAAUCCUUUGCUAUAACAAAAUUACAUUAAAAAAAUCUAACAGCAAGAAAAUUCACCUCUGCUUAGAGAGUCUGUCAUGCUUUACCUCAAUAUGCUGAUGUCCCAUACAUCCUGGGUACUUAAUUUAUAAAAUACUACAUAGAAUAUCAGAGAAAACUUGGAAUUGUGUGCUUAUAUUUUGCUUUUUAUUCUGUUUUGACAGCCUUCUACUGUGGUCUAUUUCCCUAGUGCCACUGACAGAAUCUGUUAAUAUACUUUGAGUUCUGAAGCCACUUCUGGUUUCCCUUGGCAAAAAGCAGCCAAGAACUGGUGCAGUAAUUUGUUUUACUUCUGGAGGAAGUAAAGGAAGUGGGGAUGAGGAGUAACAAUUUUUAAAAGAGCAGCCUGUUAACCCAGCACAUGCUCUUUUUCAUUUCAGUACCAUCCACUUAUUCCCUUUCUGCCCUUCAGAUUUUAAUGCAUGUUAACAAGGAAGAAACAAACAACCCUUCCCUUGUCCAUAAUAAAAAUGAGACUCAACCUUAUGCAAAUGCUUAUGAUACAUGGGAUAUCAAGUUGUUCAUUGUAGUGGCAAAAUAAGCACCUUAUAUACAAAGAUUGGAAAGGAAUAUGCAAAAGUGAAAAUAGUUGUGCUAGGAUGGUGGCACUAAUAGGUACCUUUUCAUUUGUCUGGAUUUCUGAAAUAAGUAUAAACAAACUGCAAACAGAUUGUGUAAUACCCUACUUCUAUAAAAAAAACAGAUACAUACAUGUAUUGAUAUGCAUGGAAAAUAUCUUUUAAGAGUUCACAAGAAGUCUAACACAGCUACUUGGAGAAAGGGAGUUAGAGGUUGCAGCAGAGGGGAAUUUUCUAUUCCUGUUUGGAUUUUGUAUGUAUUAUCCUCUAAAUUAAAAAAACAAACAAAAAAACGAAAUAUAGAUUUCAGGCAGAAAGAAAAGAUGCCAUCCCAGCAAGUGCAGCAAGUUUUGGUUAUGUCAGGAGGCAAAAACCACUAGUUGUUUCCACAACUGCCCUAAGAUCAGCCAGUUAUGUUGGUUUUUGUUUUAAAAAUUGGCUAUUGAAAAGGGGUUAGCCCUGUAAUGGUGGUGGAUAUGCUUGCAGUGGAGGUGAGAUUGUACCUACAAAAGGUUUGUUCCACUAGUAAAUAAGCAUGCCCUUAUUUACUGUUUCAAAUCAAGAACAUACUUUUUCCAUAAUUAGAUUUGGAAUCAAGUUCUAGCUCAGAUCACCUGAAAAACAAAUAGUCAAUAAAAUAAAACAAAGUAUUACUUCCUAGUACAGUCAGGACAGUCCCCUUCAUUUUGAUUAGAGCCAGUACUUUUUCAUAAAUGGAAUGCAGGGAGAAGCACGGACAUCAGCUAGAAUGCUAGGGCCAAUAAUGGCCCCUGGAAGAUGUCCAUCUCCUAAUCCCCAGAAGCUGUGAAUACCUGACUUUACAUGACAAAAAGGGUCUUUGCAGAUGUUUUAGGGUUAGGAACCUUAAAAUAUGGAUAUACCCUGGAUUAUUCAACUGGGCCCUUAAAAGAAGGCAAAAGAGUCAGUGAGAGAGUGGCAACCAAAGAGAAGGUAGGAAAGAUGAGGCCUGAAGAGGAUCUGACCCAUUGCUGCUGGCUUUGAAAACAAAGGGCAGCACGUGCCAAGGAUGUAGCAGAUUCUAAGGGCCAAGAAUGACCGCCAGCUCCCAGCCAGCCAGGAAGCAGGGACUCUGACCUGCAACCACACAGAACUGAGCUCUGCCAACAACCUACAUGAGCUUGGAAACAGAUUCUCCCCCACACCUCCAGAUGAGUCCAGAGGGCUCCGGCCAGAACCUUGAUUUUAUCCCCUUCUGAUGUACAAAACUGUGAGAAAAAAUUUUGUGUUACUUUUAGCUGCUAAGUUUGUGGUAAUCGGUCAUGACACUGAUAAAAAAUUGUACAGGUAAUAUAAGACAGAAGAAUAGUAUAAAACCAAAUUCUUUUUGAGAUCAGAAAUACUAGUCACUAGUAUUUCUAAGUGUUGGGUGUGGAAUCCUGGAAACUAGCUUGGGAAAGCAUUUACAAGGGCCCUUUUGGAGCAAACAGGCUUCCUGCACUCAAGUCAAGGCCUCUGUCUCCCUCCCUUUCUGCUGCUCAUCUCAGGGCUGAGCCCUGUGCCAGAGCUGCAUCAGUUCAUUCUCUUUCCAGUAGGGAAAUGGUCAUAGUAUUCCAUGCCAUGAGAGGCCUUUUCUUUUUUUCUUUAGCCUACAUUUUAAUCUUCCUCACCUCUGAAAUUCUUUCCUUGCUGCUUCCUUGAGUGUCUUCUUUGACAGGCACCGUAUCACUUGGGCUGGGAUAGAGGAUACAAUGGUUAGAGUUUCCUUGAGGAAUAGAGCCAAGUGAAAUUUUUAUUUAUUUUGGAGGAAAGAAGUAAGAGACAUUUGGGGCUUUUUAUGAAGACUAUUAGCAUUUAAAAUAACUUACCAAAGGUAACCUGAUGUCCUCCGUAUUGGAUUCUAAAUCUCAGUUCUACCUAUAAAUGAAACACUAUAUUUUUCCAAUAUUAAAUAUUUUACUGAGAGUAUGUAACUUCACCUAUUGAACAUUUCAAUAAUUUUUGUUUUUAUGAUGUGAAAAGAUUUAUUGGGGGCCAGUUUCUAAAAAAAUCAAUAAAUUGUACUGCAGGAAAAUUUUAUUUAUACAAGGACAGGAGUAAAUCUUAUACAGGAGCUAGUAUUACAUUUACUUGGAAAGUAGUAGUAAUUUUUAUUUUUAAAAUUUUCAUUAGAAAUGUUCAGGCUUGAUUUUUAAGAUUGCUAACAAGCAUUUUGCCCUCCAUGAAAAAAAAAAAACAAAAAACAGAAGUUCUCUUCUACAACCACUUCAAAGACUAAAGGUUAAAAAGAGCAUGCAUUUAUGUUCAAGGUAAAAAUAGAAGAAAAGCAAAGCAGAAUAAAAAAAAAAUUCCCAAAGCAAGGUUUUCACAUCAAAUCCUCAUUGUUGACUCUGACAGAGCUCAGCAUGUCAGAAAUUACAGUUGCUAAACCCUACUACUCAUUCUUCUACAACAGAAUCCAUAGCACAACUUCUUUAAAAUAUCAUUGUUACUGAAGAAACAGGAGUAAGUCAUCAGUUCUUAUUUAAAGAGGACCCACAGCCAAAAGAAAUAUUAUUGUCUAUUUCAAGUGCAGAUAAAUCUGGUUCUACCUGAAAAGACUAAGGCAUUUCUCAUUUGGACUAUGUUUACAAGAACAAGCUGAGUUUUCAAAGACAGGUUACUUUGAAACUUGCUCCUGUGACCACUUCUCCUAUUUAAGAAUAAGACAACAAAACUAAACAUUUUAACCAGUAAGGACUUCUGGUUUAAUAUUGAUAAUUUAUAAGCAAAGAGUUUUCAAAUGCUAAGCUUUUUUCCUCUUGAAGUUAGUUCACAGGCUUCCUCCCAACUCCCAGGCCACCGGUCAACUGAAAUAAUAAGGCGGCCCAGUUUCAGAUAUGGCCUGACAUGUUUAUAUUUGUUGCUACCUCUGGCUUGCUCUCAACUAAAGUGUAAUAAAGAAUCAUUUCCAACUUAAAAUAAAAAGACCUUUUGACUUCUGUUCUCUGGUAGCAAAAAAAAAAAAAAAAAAAGGUAUUCUUUGGUUCUAAAAGACAGUUGUUUUACAAGCAUUGAGUCAUUUAAUCUCCCAAGUUAUAAGUAGCAUUUAUGUUAACUGUAGAUAUGGUCAUUCAAUUUGGGGCAGAGAUCAGAAAAUCGUAGAGUUAGUAGGAAAAAAAAGGGAAAAAAUUAUCAUCUCUGAUCCACUUUCCUGUGUGCAGGUAAGACUGGUUUUAUCAUUGGCUUCUGCAUUAUCAAUGAGAAGCAAUUAUAAAGAGAAAGUAGUUACCUAAAAGAGCUUAAAGUCUGGAUUUUGGGGUCCAUUAACAACAGUCCAGCUGUAAAUGUUUUUCCCUAUAUAUAUAAAAAAUACAAUGCCUUUUAAGCUUAAUACUAUGGGUUAAAAAAUAGGGCUGUAGUGAUAAACUGCAGGCACAAGAAAUAAGGUAGGGCAGCUUUAAGGCACAAAGAUCAGAGUUUCUUCUGAAGUAAAACAGUACUGGGUUGUUUAAUUUUGUAUGAUUUGUGAGUUGUCUGGUUGGCACCAAGGAUCUGCUAAGGGUUUGGACCCAGAAGAAGAUUCUAAACUAAAUCAGACCUCCUAAGUAGGACCAGUAAGAGCACAGGCCCUCUUCUAGGCUGGAACUACAUCCUUUGGGCUGUUCUGAAACUAGAAGUACAGCUCCUGAAUGGUGUUCACCAUUUGCUACAUUGCGUCAGAAAGAGGUACACUUUAAAACAUAGGCCACCUCAGUAUAAAUGAACACAUAUAUUAAACGGACAUAGUCAGUAGCCUAAUAAGUAUUUUUCCACUUUUGCAUUUUCCACAUCAGAAUUUCUAAUUAAUUCACGUAAUUUAAGGUGAAGACAAAUAUUAACUUAGCAUUAUUUAACAAGUGAAAUUUUAAAGGUAAGGGGAGAUCUAAAUUUUAUCAAUGUUCACAUGGUCAGGAGUCAGAAAUAGGAUCUUAGCCACUAUAAUUACAGCAUCUCUAUAUUUUUAUCACAAAAUGAAAUAUUUUAAAGAAAGUAGUGCAGUGUAUGCAGAAUUGGUGCAAAUCUGACUUUAGUGUCUUACCUUAAUGUGAUAUCAUUCCUUCAGUUUUUAGUAUAUUAAGGACUCAUUUUUGAUUCUGUACAUUCUUCAAAAAUCAUUCCAUCCAGGUACACAGAUGGUUAACAUGAAUUAUGAGAAAUACUAAAAAUGAAUAAAACUUGAAAAAAGCUAGAAUGAAAGUCGUUUAAAAAUAACCUUACCUUAAAUAUCACAGAAUUAUCUGACACAAGUAUACAUAUAGUUACAUAAACAAUGAUUGAUGCUGAAUUACUACUCAAAUGUAUUCUCAAAAGUCUGUGAACAAUCAUCACUUGCAGUAUAUACAAUAAUCCCAUUCUUUUAAAAUACUGACUUUCUCCAAGAACCCUAAAUACAUUACAGAUUUGAUUACAUGAAUUCUAACAAUACAUUCCUCAGAACAAGAGGAGGGCUGGCACCAUAAUUUCUAAGCAUGAACCAUGUUACACGUUCAUUUGGAAGGUUUAAAUAAAUUAUUUCCCAAGAAUCUUCCAUCUAAUACUCUCCUUUUUUCCUUAGGGAAGUCAUAAUAAUGAUAAUUUUCUGUGAUUAAUUCCUCACAUAUUUUUCAUAAAGGAGACUAAUACCUGCCUCAAGGUAGAUCCAGAGCCUUUUAAAAUGCAAAAAAGCUUCAGAAUGUCUAGGAAUUUGGAAUUAAAAUUUUUAGAACACUAGUUAUAAUUACAUAUAUUUAGUUUUAGCAUGCAUGUACUUUGGGAGAAUUUUACAUAUUAUACAUAUAGGUGUAAUAUAUGUGCUGACUGAAUCAUUUAAAAAAUGACCUUUUAUGUACAUAAUACUUGAAGAUUGCCUUUUCCAUAUUUAGUAUAAGUAAUAAUUAAUACAAAGUUAUUGGCUCUCUAGCCUGUGAUUUCUGGAUAAUGCAGCAUUGUUUCAGAAGCCAUAAAAGUACAAUGUAAGUAGACUACUGUUGUGAUCAAUUUUCAAAAUUUUUAUCUUCUAAGUGUUUGCCAAGUCAAAAUAAUUGAACCUAACUCCAUGGCUGUCGGUCUUGAAAAUUAAAUCCAAUCACUGAAAUCAUGACACUUGUCACUAUACAUAAAAAAGAAGUACAGUGUUAAUAAAUUUUUAAUACAAACAUCAUCUUUUAUUUUCAUCUGGAUAUAAUGGUCAAAGCAGUUAGUAUUUGGCCAUGAUCUAUAAUGUCACACUAUUUUAUUACUACUUUAGGUUAUUUUCUAAAUUUGUCUUAAUUAUCAAUUUGCUGUUUUAAAGAAAACUUAUCCUUAUAGGCAAUUAUAAAUAAAUGCCCCAGAUCCUAUAAUCUAGAGUUUGGGCUACUAUGGCUAUAGUCAUACUGGAUUUCUGAUAUAUUUCUAUUUUAGAUAGCUAUGUUCAGCAACUUUAUAGAAUUGACCAAAAGAAUAAAAUCUGGAUGUAUUUGAUAUUAUCCAAAUAUCAAAACAGAAAUUGGGACUGCAUAAUAAAGACAGGCUGAAAUGAAGGUAAAAUUCUACUUGGAGGAUGUUUUAUAGAUUCCACUAGUUAUGAUUAAAUAUUCCUCAUCCAGGAAUAUCACCUCAAUGGGUACAUGGUCACUUGAAAAAAUAUAUAUAGGUAAUAUUUAGUUGUCAAUAAACAGUCAUGCCCUGACUGUGGAUACUCACCUGUCCACAAAGACUCCUCAGGCACAUUACUCUAUUGGCACAUCAUGUUUCCCAAAAGCAUAUGCAUGUGUGUGUGUAUUUUAACUACUACCAAUUGUUCAAAAUCACUAUAAACCAUUUUCUCUUCAAUAGAGUGAAUUAUCUGAGACUUUUCCCAUAAGAAAAGUUCACUUUUCCUUGAUCACAACCAUAUAACCAUUACCUAAGAAGAAUCCCGAGACCUCUGGGACUUCUUGCCCAAGCAGAGCACUGCUAGUUCUUAAAGAUUCAGAUGGGACUUUGGUUUCAAGUUCAGUGACUCUGUAUUGAGUUACGAUGAGCUUUUCUAAAUUUAUUCUCUGCAGGUCUGGCAUCUAGACUGAAAUGAAAUAAACUAUAAUUUCAUUUUAUAUUAUAAAAUUAUAAAAUGUGUAUAUUCAUCUAAUACACAAUAAUUGACCAAGGAGUUAUUCAGUCACAACAUCAUUUGUAGUAGAACUAAUUCCCAUAAGUACACAUUACUUUCUAAGUAAUAUGCAUCUUUAUAUCACAUGAUAAAGUUAAAAAUACAUAAGAAUUUAAAAGUUAUCUCUAUUGUACAACUUGGUUGAAUCACUUUGCAGAUAAACUUCUCAUGCUACUACAAUUAUCCCCAUGCUGUUCAAAAUUGGAGUAAACAAUGAGGGUGUGGAAAUGGAAAUCUAAAAAAAAUUAGUGUUGAAACUCUAAAUCAUAGGACAUCACUUUCUGAUUCUGUGCUUUGAUUCAUGUUGCCUGAGAAGCCAAGAAUUUGGUCCAAAUGUAUGUGGUUUAAAAACAUCCAAAGCUAUUAACAAUAUGAUCCAUUUUGCAACCAAAUGUCACCCUACGACCAAUAUGAUUUGUGUCCUUGCUCUGAAAUUAAAAAAAAAAAAACACCUACAGAUUUUCAAUUUUAACAACACGGCAAAUUAAGUGUAUUGUUUUAUUGUGAAAAAUAUUUAAAACAAUGUGAAUACCACUUUUUGUCAUGUAUUUUCUCUUCCAUCAAAGUGCUCCCAGCUGCCAUUCCAUGUGAGAACUUUGGUGAGGGGAAAAAUAAAUUCAGCAGCCAGAGGUCUGAUGCCUAUCGCCAGACAAAGAUGAUCACCAAUAUUUAAGCACCUAAAUCUUUGAGUAUGAAUACCAUAUAUAUAUGAAAAGCCAGCAGCAAUAUAAAACAUGAUUAACUCAGUUUAAUGAUAAGCUGCAUCUCUGAACAUGUUUUAGGAAGAAUUUACACCAUCUAAGAAUCCUAAAAGAAGAUACUAACUGAAGUGUAUGUGGAAAUUUUUAUACUAUGUUCAUUUAUCUCAAGGGGGAAAUUUUUUUUUCCUUAUCAUUAAACUAAAAAAGCACAAUUCCUAGCAGAAAUGUAAAAAACAUAUACAUUAUUAUAUAUAUUAUAUAGUGCAUAUAUAAUAUACAUAAGGUAUACAUAAUAUGUGUACAUACAUCUAAAGCAGCUGACGGUUCUUUCCAAAUUUUGUAAAUUGUUCAAUGGAUGUGGUUCUCAACACAACAAAUAGAACAAAUAUCCUAAUGAUUGUGUAACAUUUCAAAAAACACAUUGAUCAUUCACAAAACCCUCAAUUGCAAACUUAGAAGCAUCUUUAAAUGUCACAGGAAUCUGCAGAGGCAUGAAACAAUUUCUGACCAUAUCCUAAUAAAGAACUUUCUAAUGUAGUUGGUUCACUUUUGUCAGUUCAACUUUUACACGUGAAAAUAAACUUUUCUCAAGUGUCAUUUUACUGUAAGGUUUUACAGGAUAAGGCACUCUCUCUGUCCUCAUGAUCUUGCUCCCAACCCCAGAGUGUACUGUGUACAUGCAAAAUUAGUUAGCAUCAGUAUGUCCCUGCAACAAAUGAAAAGAGUAACACCAUAAGAGAGUGCAAGUUAUUGCUCUUCAUUUUUGCACUAAAGAAAUAAAUGACGGGAAAAAGAACACACAAUAUACCUGUAUAAAUUAGAAUGGAUAGUCAUACAUCUUUGAAAUAACAAAAACAUAUAGCACUGAGCAGAAUUAUGAUGUCAGACUUGGAUGGUAGUAGACUAGCUAUAGCACUGACAUUAAAAUUCUGCUUCUGUAAGAAUUUAAAAAGGGAUGUCAAUAAUUACUAUUUUCUAAUAAAAGUAACUGACCCUUCACUAAUUAAAACAUUAAACUAAAUGAGUUUUACAAAACUAUUUCAAGUAUUCAUUAUCACAGUGAAAAUGUGAGACCAAUGUUAGAAUGAAUGAAAAUUCCUGAUGAAAAAGGCAAGAAUACUAAAUCAAAACAUAUACAAAAUGCUUCAACGCAUUUCUUUACAUGAUAUGAAUAGAAAGAUUAUCCAUAAAAAGUUAGAAAAAUUAAGAUAAAUUAUAUAUUAGUACACUUUCCCAAUCACAUUUUAUAUAAAAAUUUAGAAGAGUGUACUGUUAUUUCAAUCUGUACAAUAAAAAUGCCUGAACUUGGCAGAUAUCUUCUAUCUCUGCAUGUAUUUUCUCAGUAAAAGGUUUAUUUGUUGCAGUCACUUCUUAAAAGUUUUAUUUUAAUUGUUAACCUUAUUGAAUUAUCAGUAAACCCAGCUUAUUGGGACCCACUGUGGUUCCAAUCUCAGUUUCUCUAUGGCAGUUUGUAGUUUCUCAAAGGCUUUGUCUAGAUUGUCGUUUACGAUGAUCAAAUCAAAAUAGUGGUUGUAUGCUCUCUGAAUCCGUGCACUUUCAUCAACUGUUUUCUUCAAGUCAGAGUCCUAUGGAAAAGUUGUAAAAGGAAAUGUUUAUAUUAUAAUGUAUAUUUACUUACUCAAACUCCAGUGAAAAGCGAACAUAAAAAAAGGUUUAUUUGUUUAUUGUAAUUCUGAUAUAAAUACUCAAGAUCUAAUCAUACAGUGUUAAAAAAAGACAUUACAUCUGCUCAUAUCCUAGUUUUUCCAAAUGCAUUCAUGUUGUAUUUAUGAGCAUUCUGUAUCUACUGUUUCAUUGAUAUUAGGAUUUGAUUCCUAAUUAAAAGACUGCUGAUAAGAAUCUUAGGGUGAAUCUAAGAUAAUAAAAGAAUUAUUUCAACUGACUGGUUUUUAGUCAAACUGUAACAUUUGAGAAACAUAUUUAUCUUAUGCACUCUGUAAAUCACAGAAGCCAAUCAAUUUGCAGGGGCUGUGAAGAAACUCAAAGCCAUAUUUGCUGCUACUUCUAACAAAGUCAUAGAAUUUUAGAAACAUAUUUUUGAGACUAACUUUACAUGCUGUCCAUCCCCCACCAAAACACACACUUUUCUUUCCUUUAACUAGUAUUGUUUAUAUUUUAAAAAGUGUUCCUAGUCAUUUUGGAAUAAUGUGGGGAAUAAGUAAGCAAUGGAUUCUGCAUGAGCAAGUAAAGCUUUUCAUAAAAUCAAAAAUUUCACAAUACUUCUACAUAUUCUACAAAUAUUUACUGAGCUCUUGUUAAAGUGCCUACUGUGAGCCAGAAUCUGUGGAUAUAAUAAUGAAUAAGACAGACAGGGUGCCUACUCGUAGGGUAUUUAAAUUAUAGUGAAGGAGAUAAAGAGCAAAUAACAAAAAUGCAAAUUGUAAUGAGUACUAUUAAAGAAACAAACUAGGAAUUAAGCAUUUUAAGAGAUCUAGUUUAGAUAGCAUGAUUAGAAAGACACUGAAGAAAUGACAUUAAAACUAAGAACU